CGUAGCCGUUCCGUAUGCGGUAGAAAUUGGGGGUUAGUGUUAGUUUUUUUUUUUUUUUUUAGUUACCUGCACAAACCAAUCAAAAUCAAGAGAGGGUGGGACUUCUGGUAAUAAUGCUACGUUCCAGUUACCUCGGAAGUCAGGUGUCAGAGCUGGGAAUGACGUCACACCUUACAGUUAACAAGUUAGAGAACCAAGAUGGGCGUUUUAGCUGUUGAUCACAAUUGUCAGCUGUUGUUAGCCGUAGGCAGCAGUUGUUAGUUGUUGUUGUUGUUAGCGAUACCAGUUGUAAACAACGUAUAACACGUAUUUUACUCUUACAAACACCAUAGCACCGUGUUCACAGCUGUUAAGGUGGUUACGAUUAGCUAUGAUCGGAGGGUACGGCCUUUUCGUAGCCGUUCUGGAUGCGUUGGGAAUUGGGGGGUUAAAGCCACAUGCACACCUGUCAAAGAAAACCCAUCCUUAAAAAUGUGAAGAGAACUAAUUUCUAUCCCAUCUGCAGCUGGGUUACCCACAUAGUUUACGGUUUCUAAAGUAAUAAACCAGGUGCAAAGUCUGGUCAUUUACCUGGUGGAUUCAAAUGCAACAUGUAAAAUCGCCUCCUGCUGGUCAUUGGAGAGAAUAACAGUUUAGGAACUUCUGUACUGUGGCCUUACUGUCAAUAUUAGAGGUAAAUCCAAUUCAGGGAAUAGUUAAUGAUUUACCUGCUAUAUAUUGCUGUUGGAAAAAACAACAACAAGUUACUUACAACAAGUUAAUUAAUUAUCUCUAUAUUUUUGCCUUUUAAAAGUUUAUGUGGAUUAUAAUCAAAUGCAAAACCGAGUAGACUAUGUGUCCCUGGUUAGAUAUUUGCCGAUUUAAAUAACCCUUAAACCUUCAGCUGUUCAGCUGCUGUAAUAACUGAGGUUUUGUUGUACCAAUGUGCAAAUAAAUAAUUAGGCAUUGAUUCCUGCAGCAAACUGGGUCAGACAGAACAAGUCAGCAGUCCCACAGAAAUAAGCACCUCGCUCCAGGUCUGUUGGAGGUCCCGGUGUCUAUAGGGACGCCGAUGAACGCCGCAUCAAGCCCGUCUGCCGUCUCCUGGUAGGGUAACUUGGCCAUGGUGGGGAUCCCCGACACCCUCGCAACAAACUCGGCGCUCGGAGGCACAUUGAAGCGGCUGCCUGAGCAUGUUCGGUGCGGGGUUCGACACAGAGCCGAAGGUUGUGGUGUCCGCAGGGGGAAGCAGUCCGCCUUAGUCCCACCAUAAGACGAAGAAAUGACGGAGCGAGUCACACGGAGGUUUCUGAAACACGAAAACAUGUUUGCAGAUAUCCACGGGUAAGCUGCAGCUGGUGUGUGUCAAAAGGCCGAGGCGAUUCACAGCCAGCUUGUAACUUUAAAGCUCUAGUAGGGAAAGUUUUAAAAAGUGAGUCAAGCUACUUUGAAUAUAUUAUAAGACACUCCUACAGGCAUAAAAGUCAUUGUAGGUCAUUUGUAAACCUACAUUUAAAACAGCGACGAGUCACCUUUUCUUUAUAAAUGCAGGCCAAACUUCUGAAAAUGGUCAGUGAUUUAGAAAAUUCCUACAUGGACCAGACCAUGAAGGCAGCACAAGUCCAUAACUCCACAGGUGGGAGUGGCAGGCAAUAAAAUGACCAUCUCCUAGGAAUGAAAAACAAAUGAAGAUUUUUAUUUAUUUAGAUAUACGAAUAUAACUUAAAUAUUAAAUAUCUUGGUACUUCGGCUCCUUGACUUUAAAACUGGUCCUGUAUAAGGUUCGGACCUAUGACCUCAGGAGUCCCAGGUAGUCUCCUUAUCCCCUAAGCCAUGUGGACACAGAGGAGAAUUCUGUAUUUUUCCCCCCUAUUUUAAUGUGCAAGACUUUAAAAUUUACCUUGACCUGUGCAAGGUAAGGCUUGAACCCACAACUUCAGGAGUCGCAGUCACUGUUCUUAUCCUCUGAGCCAUGUGGACACAGGAGUAUGCCGUUUGUUUCCUCUUUCACUCUCCUCUCUAGACACUAGACUUUAUUAUCAUAAUAAUUGUUGUUGUUGUUGUUGUUACAAUAAAAAUAAUAAUUAUAAUAAUAAUAAUAGUAACCUUAUUAUUAUUGUUAUUAUUUUAUUAUUAUUUAUAAUAAUUAUUAUUAUCAUUAUUACUAUUUUGGCCAAUACCUACUUAAAACUGUGAUCUCGACAUACAGUUUUUUUCAGAAUCCAUAAAAAUUUCUGCUUUGUUGAUUCAAAUGAUGUGAACGUAAAGUUAUAAAAUCUUUAAUAUUUAAGAUUUUGAUGUCCUCACAACACUUAGGUGCAUUUUAACUAUAUUAAGAGGAUAUAAAAAAGGGUAAAUACAUAUAUCUUAUUUAUGCACUAAUUCGUGCCACCCCUGCACAAAUCAAAGACUGAGCUGGGCCCCCCAUUUGAAAAAUCUAGACACACCCCUGCUUCAUUUAACUAAAUACUCAGUAUCUCAGUACUUUAUUAGUCUUCAGACCACCAUACUCCAUUAUAUGCAUAUUCUGUUGUUAUAUAAGUAUAUUAUAUAAAAGCUGUCUGUUCUGGGUGUGAAACAGUUACUGCAGUUUUAGGAGGAGGAGGAGGGGGCUUUUUGUUUUUUUAAUGUGCGCACUACACCUGUCAUCCUGAGGAGGCAGACUGUGACGCUCCAGCAGAUCCACUUCAGACACCGCUCACCUCAGACGUGAACGCUCCUCACUCCAGCUUGUCUCAUUACAUUGCAUAAUAUCGACAAGCCAUCAUGGUAAGUGCAAAUUUAAAUGUGAUUUCAAGUGUGUUAUUCUCUCUCUUACAGCCUGACCUAUAUUCACAGUGAGGACAAAGAGAAGUAGGUCGUUCUAUUUGGAUUAUUUCAGGGUUUUUGAUUAGUCUUGCCAUACCCUAAAGCAUAUUGAGACCAUGAAUGUAUUAAUUUUAUUGUAUCUCAUUACAUUUGGGAAUAUUGUUGGUUUUCAAGCAGUGUGAUGCAUGCUUUCUCUAGAAACUCCUAAUCCUCCCUCACAAAACCCUCCUAAAUAAGCUUAGAUACCACAGCGUGAACAUUGUUCUCACCCUGAUUCACCCUCAUUCGACAUGUUUGUUUAAAUCAAUGUCUGUCCCUUUACAAAGCAUUCAAACCAUCACUGUUACAUAAGUACUUCAUCAUUCAGUGAUCCUGUUUUUAAGAGAUUAUUUAAUCUGGAGUCAUAUAUUCCUCCGUGUGUGUCAAGUGUUUGAGGAAAAGAGGGAGCCGUUAACAGCAUAUCUCUGUUUGAUAUCGGCUAGAAAUAAAAAAAUAAGGGUGGAAAUUCCUCGUGAGAAUGAGUCUUUUUAAAGAGGCAGCACACUGCAACAUGUCUGACCUAGAUAAUCCUCUCUCCCUCCAGUAAUCCCAUGCGCAAUAGACACAGUCUUGUGUCGCAGCAGAAAAUGCAUGGGCUCCCUGUUUGAGAAAUGGCAGAGCGAAUCUCUGUCAGAGGACAACAAAGAGAUGCAAUAAAAGAUUCAGUGCAAACGGGGUGUGGAUCUGCAGCAUCUUGCAGCUCAUCCAAUAGCUAAUCCAGGAGGAGGUUAUUUCAGAGAACCCAUCUGGUUACCAAGUUAGGAAGGUUUAAAUUCUGGGCUCGACAAAUCUCCCCAAUUUGUCCGUUUUAAUUAGCAGCAGUCCCGGAAAAUCUCCUCCCUUAUUAGCAGUUCAAGGUUCAGCUCCCUUAAUCCAAAUCUUCUUGCCUGCCCCCCCAGCGUGAGUGUAUCUCCAUCCACGUCGGUCAGGCUGGAGUUCAGAUCGGCAACGCCUGCUGGGAGCUUUACUGCCUGGAACAUGGCAUCCAGCCAGACGGACAGAUGCCCAGCGACAAAGCCAUCGGAGGUGGAGAUGAUUCCUUCAACACUUUCUUCAGCGAGACCGGAGCUGGAAAACACGUCCCCAGGGCUGUUUUUGUGGACCUGGAGCCCACUGUCAUCGGUAAACUCUUGUAAAACUGAAAAACGUCUCUUGAUUUUAUCCUGUCGAAUCCUCUAGUAAGUUCUUCAUGAAUUUGUCUCCUCAGAUGAGGUCCGCACCGGGACCUACCGCCAGCUCUUCCACCCUGAGCAGCUGAUCACAGGCAAGGAGGAUGCUGCCAACAACUACGCCCGCGGACACUACACCAUCGGCAAGGAGAUCAUCGACCUGGUGCUGGACAGGAUCCGCAAACUGGUGGGUAACUCGAUCAAAAAUGGAUCCAUCCUUUAAUUUCUCCAGAUUUGAUUUAUCCUUUCCCAUGUUUCAUACAAACCACGCUUAUCUACUGACGGCUAACAUAAACACCUUCAUCUAAACACCUUCAUCUUCUCUGUCCUCAGGCUGAUCAGUGCACCGGUCUUCAGGGCUUCCUGGUCUUCCACAGCUUUGGAGGUGGUACCGGCUCUGGUUUCACCUCCCUGCUGAUGGAGCGUCUCUCUGUCGACUACGGCAAGAAGUCCAAGCUGGAGUUCUCCAUCUACCCAGCUCCCCAGGUGUCCACUGCUGUGGUGGAGCCCUACAACUCCAUCCUGACCACCCACACCACCCUGGAGCACUCUGACUGUGCCUUCAUGGUGGACAACGAGGCCAUCUACGAUAUCUGCCGUAGAAACCUCGAUAUCGAGCGUCCCACUUACACCAACCUGAACAGGUUGAUCAGUCAGAUCGUGUCCUCCAUCACUGCAUCUCUGCGUUUUGAUGGUGCCCUCAAUGUUGAUCUGACAGAGUUCCAGACCAACUUGGUGCCAUAUCCCCGUAUCCACUUCCCUCUGGCCACCUACGCCCCCGUCAUCUCAGCUGAGAAGGCUUACCACGAGCAGCUCUCUGUGGCUGAGAUCACCAACGCUUGCUUUGAGCCAGCCAAUCAGAUGGUCAAAUGCGACCCUCGCCAUGGCAAGUACAUGGCUUGCUGCCUUUUGUACCGUGGCGACGUGGUGCCCAAAGACGUAAACGCUGCCAUCGCCACCAUCAAAACCAAGCGCUCCAUCCAGUUUGUGGACUGGUGCCCUACUGGUUUCAAGGUGGGCAUCAACUACCAGCCUCCCACUGUGGUUCCUGGUGGUGACCUGGCCAAGGUCCAGAGGGCCGUGUGCAUGCUGAGCAACACCACUGCUAUUGCAGAGGCCUGGGCCCGCCUGGACCACAAGUUUGACCUGAUGUACGCUAAGCGUGCCUUUGUUCACUGGUAUGUGGGUGAGGGUAUGGAGGAGGGGGAGUUCUCUGAGGCCAGAGAGGACAUGGCAGCUCUGGAGAAGGAUUAUGAGGAGGUGGGAGUCGACUCCAUUGAAGGGGAGGGAGAGGAGGAAGGAGAGGAGUAUUAGGAAGACCUGAAGGAACAAAUGGUUUAACUUGUUCCUUUUUACAUUCCAAACAGAAAUGUUUGUCUAAUAAUUGUGUUUGGAUGUGAUCAGAGUACAAUCAUUGACAUGCUUUACUCUGUCCUAAAUAAAGAUCCUCUGAUAUGAUGAUUUUA